UGACAGCAACACUGCUGAUGAGUAAAAGGAAAACAGAGUGAAUACAACAACGUCAAUGAAAUAUCGAAUCAAUAAAAAGUGAAAUUAUUCUAUUUUGAAGUCCAUGUCACUGAAAACAAUUUAAUCAAUUAGCUAAACCGAGGACGAUAAAAUGGGGAAUCAGCUUGUGGGUGUUGCACCAUCACAAAUUUACCCAGUUGAACAUUAUUUAAUGGGCUCAACAUUCGAAUCGGAUCUACAAUAUGAAUCCAGUAUGGGCAGUACACGAUUCUUUAAGGUAGCCCGAGCCAGAUCGGAUGAAGGAUUAGUUGUGGUAAAGGUGUUUGUCAAACAUGAUCCCAGUCUGCCGCUAGAGGCCCAUGCUGAUCGAGUGGAAUUUCUGAAGAAAAGUUUAGCGAAUGCAGUGAACUGUUUGCCGUUUCAGAGAGUUGUUUUAACCGAAAAGGCUGGACUGAUCAUGAGAGAAUAUGUUAAGCAUAGUCUCUAUGACAAAGUGUCGACACGACCAUUUCUAACCACUUUGGAGAAGAAAUGGAUCACGUUUCAGGUUCUGUGUGCACUGCAUCAAUGCCACAAACAGAAAAUAUGUCACGGUGAUAUUAAGUUAGAAAAUAUUUUAAUUACGUCCUGGAAUUGGAUUUUGCUCUCUGAUUUUGCAUCGUUUAAGCCAACUUAUUUACCAGAAGACAAUCCAGCCGAUUACACAUACUUCUUUGACACAAGUCGCCGAAGAACGUGCUACAUUGCACCUGAACGAUUCGUCAAGUCGUUUUCGUCGGACGCAACAAAUGCGCAGAAAAAUCUAAUCGGCGACAGUUCGCUGAUGUCAGAAUCAAUUGUUGACCAGUCGGUUCGAGAUGGUCCAUGCUACACCGGCAAUCUGUUGCCCGAAAUGGACAUAUUUUCAGCUGGAUGUGCACUGCUCGAAUUGUGGAGCGAGGGUACGGCUCCGUUCGAAUUUUCUCAACUGUUGGCCUAUCGGGCUGGAGAGUCCGAACUGGUUAAGAAACAUCUCAAAGGCAUCGAAAAUGAAAAUCUGCGGAAUUUGAUUGCAUCGAUGAUCAGCCGAAAUCCCAAAGAACGGAAAUCGGCUGAAAUCUAUCUGGAUCAGGAACGUGGAAGAUUAUUUCCCGAAUAUUUCUACUCAUUCCUGCAGUCAUACAUGCAAAUGAUCUCAUCCAUUCCAUUGAAAUCGGCCGACGACAAAAUUAUGUGCUUGCACUCGGACAUGGACUCCAUCAUACAUAUGCUGACAAACCAUAACAAAGACAUAAAUUCAUUGGAUCUGACGGUGGACAAUGACGGACUGAUCAUUAUAACGACUGUUGCUACAUCGUGCAUACGAGGCUUACAUCAUUGCAAUUCGAAGCUACUGUGUCUGGAGAUUCUGCAACAGCUGGCUAUGUACACGACAUCUGAAACUAUUCUGGACCGCAUUCUACCGUACAUCUUGCACCUGGCCAACGAUUCAGCCCAACGCGUUCGCGUCAAUGCAUUGCAUACAUUGACGAACUGUUUGUGUUUGGUAAAGGAUCUACCACGAAGCGAUGCUAACGUUUUCCCCGAAUAUGUGCUGCCAUCCAUAGCACCUUUAGCUACCGACAGUUCGGUUAUGGUUCGGGUGGCCUAUGCAAAAAAUAUUGCAAAUCUGGCUGAAACAGCCGUUCGUUACUUGGAACAGACCCAAUUGAAUAGUCCAACUGACAUGCCGGCCCAUCGCUACGAGUUUGAGUUGAGUGCUCUGCACGAAAUGUUGACACUGACGGUGUCCAACUUAUUGACCGACUCACAGGCGAUUGUAAAGCAAACGCUCAUUGAAUCUGGAAUUACGAAACUUUGUGUGUUUUUCGGACGGCAGAAAGCCAACGACUUAAUUCUCUCUCACAUGAUCACCUUUCUGAACGAUAAGGAGGACAAAAAUCUGCGCGGAUCAUUUUUCGACUGUAUUGUCGGUGUUGCAGCUUUCGUCGGAUGGCAGUGCUCGGACAUACUAAUUCCAUUAUUGCAACAGGGCCUAACCGAUCUGGACGAAUUCGUUAUUGCGAAAUCGAUUCGGGCGACGACAGCAUUGACCGAACUCGGUUUGAUUCAGAAGACUGGCCUCGCCAAAUUCAUAUCGGACUGUGCGUGCUAUCUGAACCAUCCGAAUCUAUGGAUUCGACACGAAAUUUGCGGUUUGAUAUCAACGGCAGCGAGAACGUUUGGUGCUAUCGACGUACAGUGUAAAAUUAUGCCAGCUAUCAGUUAUCACCUACGGACACCGUUAAUUCAAGUGGAAAAGACGGAAAUUCUGUUCGAUUGUCUGAACAAACCGAUACCGCGGAACAUUUACGAUACCGUUGUCAAGUUCUCGGAUAUUGGUCAGUUUAUGGCAAUUUUGGAAAAGAGGAAAGAGGCUCGAUCGUCUGCAGCGGACGGUGUUAUAACACAACAUGGUGAAAUGAGCGACUCAUUGCGAACGUUUUUCAGGCGACUGAAGUCCGAGUCAUUUAAUGAAUUGGCUGAAGCCCAGCUGUUGUCGAUAAAAUCUUACCUGUUGAAAUUGAACAAAUACAAAUCAGCCGAAGUGGGACGAACCAAAGAGAAAGAUGGACGGAUUUGUUUGGACGCAACUCCCGAAAUCUGUCACGAAUACAUUUUGGCUGACAAGAGUCGAAAGUCGGGCAAGCAGACCGACAGCGAUCAAAAUUCCGACUGGCAUCACAUGUUCACAAUCGAUCAGUCGGCGACACCAUCACCACCCACCAACGAUUCGGUCGGUAUCGGCAAUAGUCCACUAUCGUCAGCGACACAUAUGCCGGCAACGCCUUCGUCAUCGUUGGUGGAAUAUAGUAUGCCGGAGCGCAGCUUUCUGCAAGAGAAAACAUCGCAGUGCCGCAAAGAAUUGGAAACACUUCAGAAACGGAUCAAAAUGCGACAUCAGCAAAUGUCGUCCAUACAGGACUUUGAUUCAUCCAUGUACGUGAAGGAUCUGACCCCGAAUUGGAGAUUAAAGGGAACGUUGGUGGCCCAUUUGCAUGAACACAAAUCGGCCGUUACCAAACUGGCCAAUCUGAAAGCGAAUGGCAAUUUCUUUGUCAGUGGCAGUACGGACGGUACCGUUCGCUUGUGGGACUGUAACAAACUGGAUGGCUAUCAAAGCAUCAAUCGGUCGCGUCAAAUAUACUCAGCAAAUAUUCCAAUCUAUUCGAUGGCUGCUUGUGAUUCCGGUCAAUCAUUGGCUGUUGCUGGUAGAGAUGGCACGAUUUUGCUGUUACGAAUAGAUCCGAACUCUUCGAAAAUGGCAUUACAGGAGGCAAAACAUUUAGAUAAACCGAUGUUAAGCGGGGAAGUGGAUUAUGGUUCGGUUGUCGAUAUGCAGCCACUGGACCAAGGUAAUCAAAGUCUCAUCGUUUAUGCAACUCUCUACGGUGCUAUUGUUUGCUGGGAUCUACGAAUGCCAACUAAUGCUUGGCAAUUACAAAGUGACCUAACACAUGGUGUUAUAACAUCGUUUUGUGUGGACCCUACGAGCUCGUGGCUAGCCACUGGAACAAGCGGUGGAAAGCAUAUUUGCUGGGAUCUACGGUUUCGCUUAUCUAUCGCCACAAUUUCGCAUCCAUUCACAUCGAGAAUCCGUAAGGUAGCACCUCAUCCAACGGAACCAUCAUGGUUGAUAUCAGCAUCGCAUGGAAAUAACGAAGUCUCAAUUUGGAAUAUCGAAAGUGGCUUCAGAGAGUCUGCUCUGUGGGCGAGUUCAGCUCCACCAUUGUCCAAAGAAAGCAACAAUUAUCCACCUACCGUUUGUGGCAUAGUAACAGGAACGGUUGAUCGGUCACCGUUUAUUAUAACCGGUGGAUCAGAUCAACGGAUUCGCUAUUGGGACUUAGCCGUUCCUGAAAACAGUUCGCUCGUUGUACCUGCCGCUAGAGACGUGUCCGAUCCGGGAUUCACGUAUAGUGAACAACGCAUUGAUGGCACCCGCGUCUUAAUCGAAAAACAAAAUCCAAUUCUAUCCUCAACGAUAGCCAGUGGUGGUGCAUCGAACAUAGCAAGAAGUUCGGAGGAAGAGCAACCGCGUUCCGGUCCCGAUUCGCCAGCACCAGGUCAUAACGAUAUGGUUACUGACAUGUUAAUGUGUAAAACGGCGAAACAAAUGUUUGUCGCGAGUAGUAGCCGUGACGGUGUGAUCAAACUAUGGAAGUAAUGUUUAAUGUAUUGUUGGAUGUGACAGUGUGAUGUGACGGCUUGUCACAAGUCUGUGACGAGUCUUAUUUUUUUAUCAAUAAAUUUAUGAAAAAUUUUCCGG